AUGGGCUGUGUUUCUUCAAAGCCAAGGGAAGAAGACAACGUCGUGUCCCUAUGUAAAGACAGAAAACGUCUCUUGAAAUCGGCAGUGGAGGGUCGGCAUGCCCUCGCAGAAGCCCACUGUAAGUACUACCAGUCGCUCUAUUCAGUCGCUGCCGCCAUAAGGUUGUUUGUAGCUCGACAUUCGUCUCCCUCUUCUCCAUUUCUCAUCACCUUUGACGCCGCCCAAGAUCGAACCUUUGACCCCAUGUUGCUGCAGCAGCGGCCAUCUCAGUCGACCCACGAAGCCAUUGCUUCUGAAUCAACAGAUUUUGCAGUUUCUAAGGACUCUUUGAAGGUGAAGAAUGAAAACAAUAGAGAAGAAGAAGGAGAAGAAGGAGAAGGCAGGGCAACGGAGGAGGUUUGUGAGUGUGAGCACUUUUAUGGGGCGUUUGCUGGUUGGGACUAUUUUAAUCCGUUCUAUGGUGUGCAAGCAGAGGGAAUUGAUGGGUUCAGUCAAGGGUCUGAUGAAGAUCUGAGUUUGAUCAGGGAAGAAGAAGGAAUUCCAGAGCUGGAGGAAGAUGGGGAGAGGAAUGAGGGAGGAAAGAGAGAGGUGGUAAUGGGGAACAUGGAUGAUGCUAAUGUGAGCCAGGGGGAGCAGGUGGGGCUAGGAAUGGAUGAUGGGAGGGAAUUGUUGGAAGCAUUGAAGGAUGUUGAAGAUCACUUUGUUAAGGCUUAUGAUUCUGGCUUGGAUGUUUCUAGGAUGCUAGAAGCCAGCAAAGUUCAUGGUCAGUCUGGUACGGAGGAAAUUAAAGUUACCUCAAAUAAGCUGUUUGAGUCCAUAACAUGGGAUCCAUCCACUUCGUCUCAGUUUUCAUCUGGUAAAAGUUUCCUGGCCUCCAGCUCUAAAAGUUCGUCGACAUUGACAAUUUUCAAGAACGAUUUGUUCGAUGACUUUGGAGGAAUGGAAUCUGGUAGUCAUUCUCUGACAUUGGGAAGGUUAUAUGCAUGGGAGAAGAAGCUCUAUGAAGAAGUGAAGGCUGGAGAUGAAACCAGGAAAAUUUAUGAGCGAAAAUGCUCAAAAUUGAGAAAUCAGGAUGCGAGGGGAAACUGGACCUACAAGGUGGACAAAACCAGAGCUGAAGUCAGAGAUUUAUACACGAGGAUCCUGGUUGCAGUACGAAGUGCAGAAUCAAUCUCCAAAAGAAUCCAGAAACUAAGAGAUGAAGAGUUGCAGCCACAAAUAUUCGAGCUGCUAUAUGGCCUAAUGAGGUCCUGGAAGAUAAUGUUGGAAUCCCAUGAAGCUCAAAACCAGACCAUGUUCGAAGUAAAAUUUUUCACCUCUCCUGCUUAUGGAAAGUUCUGCAAUAACUCCCACCGCCUUGCAACUUUUCAACUCGAGGCUGAGCUUCAGAAUUGGCGUGCUUGCUUUGAUGCAUACGUUAAAGCACAGAAGGCAUACAUUGAAGCCCUCCGUCGAUGGUUAUCCAAGUUCAUUGCCCCAGAAGUUGAAUUUUUCUCAGGAGGCAGGUCUUCACUUCCUCCAUGCCAGCAAAUUCGCGGCCCAAAAUUGCUUGUGGUAUGUCAUGAAUGGUUAAGCUCUUUGGAUAAGUUGCCAGACAAGGCAGUAUCCCAUGCCAUGAAGAGUUUUGGCAAGGAUAUCCGGGCUUUGUGGGUUCAACAGGGCAAGGAACAGCAGCAGAAGAGGAAGGUUGAUGGGCUCACAAAGGAACUCGACCAGAGAUUUCUUGCAUUCCAGAAAGAAGAGAGGAGGGUUCUCGAGUCAAAGCCUUGUAAGCAAGUAUCAGAUAUAUAUGUACGAUAUCGUGUUGAAUGGUUGAUGGAGAGGAAGAAUGUGUUGGAAAUGUUCAGGCAGAAGCUGGAAGCAGAGAAGGAGGAGCAUCAUAGAAGCAUGCAAGAGACGCAGCGUAUCACCGUAAAUGGGUUCCAAACUGGUUUUUCUGCAGUUUUCGAGUCUCUCGUUGAGUUCUCACAGGCUUCUCUUAAGAUGUGCAGUGACUUGGUGACUUUCAGCGAGAAUGCAAAGGUGGGAGAUGAAAAUAGUAGCAACCCUUUUUAUGUAAACGGGAUGGGAUCUUAG